AGAGGAAGAGAAAAAUCAAGCAUUUGUGGUGGAUAGUGGAGUGUUUCCCAUGUGGUAUUGGUGUGCUGGAUAUCCCUUCACUGGUAGCCUGGUAACAUACACUCCCAGGUCUUUCUCUGACUCUGUGGUGGAUAGUGGAGUGUUUCCCAUGUGGUAUUGGUGUGCUGGAUAUCCCUUCACUGGUAGCCUGGUAACAUACACUCCCAGGUCUUUCUCUGCCUCUGUGGUGGAUAGUGGAGUGUUUCCCAUGUGGUAUUGGUGUGCUGGAUAUCCCUUCACUGGUAGCCUGGUAACAUACACUCCCAGGUCUUUCUCUGCCUCUGUGGUGGAUAGUGGAGUGUUUCCCAUGUGGUAUUGGUGUGCUGGAUAUCCCUUCACUGGUAGCCUGGUAACAUACACUCCCAGGUCUUUCUCUGCUUCUGUGGUGGAUAGUGGAGUGUUUCCCAUGUGGUAUUGGUGUGCUGGAUAUCCCUUCACUGGUAGCCUGGUAACAUACACUCCCAGGUCUUUCUCUGCCUCUGUGGUGGAUAGUGGAGUGUUUCCCAUGUGGUAUUGGUGUGCUGGAUAUCCCUUCACUGGUAGCCUGGUAACAUACACUCCCAGGUCUUUCUCUGCCUCUGUGGUGGAUAGUGGAGUGUUUCCCAUGUGGUAUUGGUGUGCUGGAUAUCCCUUCACUGGUAGCCUGGUAACAUACACUCCUAGGUCUUUCUCUGCCUCUGUGGUGGAUAGUGGAGUGUUUCCCAUGUGGUAUUGGUGUGCUGGAUAUCCCUUCACUGGUAGCCUGGUAACAUACACUCCCAGGUCUUUCUCUGCCUCUGUGGUGGAUAGUGGAGUGUUUCCCAUGUGGUAUUGGUGUGCUGGAUAUCCCUUCACUGGUAGCCUGGUAACAUACACUCUCAGGUCUUUCUCUGCCUCUGUGGUGGAUAGUGGAGUGUUUCCUAUGUGGUAUUGGUGUGCUGGAUAUCCCUUCACUGGUAGCCUGGUAACAUACACUCCCAGGUCUUUCUCUGCCUCUGUGGUGGAUAGUGGAGUGUUUCCCAUGUGGUAUUGGUGUGCUGGAUAUCCCUUCACUGGUAGCCUGGUAACAUACACUCCCAGGUCUUUCUCUGCCUCUGUGGUGGACAGUGGAGUGUUUCCCAUGUGGUAUUGGUGUGCUGGAUAUCCCUUCACUGGUAGCCUGGUAACAUAAAUUCCCAGGUCUUUCUCUGUGGUGGAUAGUGGAGUGUUUCCCAUGUGGUAUUGGUGUGCUGGAUAUCCCUUCACUGGUAGCCUGGUAAAAUAUACUCCACGACUUUCUACUCAUGCUCAUCCCUAUACUGUCCAAACCCCUUAUGCAAGAGUUAACCAGCAUCUUCACUCUUUCAUCCCUCACACUGGUAAACUCUGGAACAAUCUUCCUUCAUCUGUAUUUCCUCCUGCCUACGACUUGAACUCUUUCAAGAGGAGGGUAUCAGGACACCUCUCCUCCCGAAAUUGACCUCUGAUUUUGGACACUCCUUUAACCUCUGUUCGGGAGCAGUGAGUAGCGGGCUUUUUUUUCUUUUUUUCUUUGUGCCCUUGAGCUGUCUCCUUAGCUGUAAAAAAAAAUUUAAAAAAAUAAAUCAGUUAUACACUUUUAACACUUGCCCGGAGAUGUGAUCCGGCCCUAUGGCUUUCCUUCCAUCUAAAGUUUCCAUCAGCCUCAACAGUUCCCCUUUCUCAACCUUUACAUAAUUUAGCUUCUCUUCAGUAUGAUUUUCAAGCCCCCUGUCAAAGUCGGUCUCUUUCGUAAACACUUUAUGAAAAUUUUUAUUUAAUAUUUUUGCAAUUUCUUCGUCCUUCUCGUAGAAUACACUUUUUUCUUUAAGUGUUUCCGCUCCUGCAUUUCUUUCUAACUUCC